UUUACGCCAUAACGAAGAAGGGAGUGGUAGUAACCAAAUCUGCAUAUUUUUCCUAUCCCUCCCUUCCUCCUUCUUUCUCUUUGUUGUCCUCUCUGUCUUCUCAACAAUUCGUUGUUCUGUUCUUACCUCAAUGCCUCUCUGUCUCUCAAACACAAAAACUCUCAUACAUAGAUCGAAACAAUACCUAAUUUUUGUGUGUAUCAUUUUUCUGAAUUUUCAUUCUCAUUGGCUUAAAAUGAUAUGAUUGUGAUUCUUCUCUCUUCUUUUUUGCGGGCUGAAGCAGUUUGUUUAUCACCCCAAUAGGCCAAAACUAUAAGUUGAUUUCUUUCUUGAUUAAAUCUGGAUACAAUUGAGAUCAUUUAGGACCCAAGUUUACACAGUGGAUGUGAAUGAUGGAUGUUUCUGAGGUUGAAGAAAGUUUCUUUGCCGCAAGCGAUGCCAAGUUACAUGCAGAAAUGUGCAGAAGUCUUUCUGCAAUAUAUUGUAAAGUAUUGUCAUUAUUUCCUUCUUUAGAAGCUGCUAGGCCUAGGAGCAAAUCUGGAAUUCAGGCAUUAUGUUCACUGCAUGUAGCAUUAGAGAAGGCGAAGAAUGUACUUAAGCAUUGCUCAGAGUGUAGUAAACUUUACUUGGCAAUAACUGGGGACUCUGUUCUUCUCAAAUUUGAGAAGGCCAAGUGUGCUCUUGUAGAUAGUCUUAAGCUGGUGGAAGAUAUUGUUUCCCAAUCCAUUGGGUAUCAGAUUGAUGAAAUUGUGAACGAAAUUGCUGGCAUGGUGUUUGCGCUUGAUCCAUCGGAGAAGCAAGUUGGGGAUGAUUUAAUUGCAUUGCUUCAGCAGGAUAGAAAGUUUAACAACUCUAAUGAUAGUAGUGAACUUGAGUGUUUUCAUAUGGCUGCUACUAGACUUGGAAUCACAUCUUCCAGAGCAGCUCUCACCGAAAGAAGAGCUUUAAAAAAGCUCAUUGAAAGGGCUCGAGCCGAAGAAGACAAGAGGAAGGAAUCAAUUAUUGCAUAUCUAUUACACCUUAUGAGGAAAUACUCCAAGUUAUUUAGAAGUGAGUUCUCUGACGAUAAUGAUUCUCAGGGUUCUCAACCUUGUUCUCCGACCGUUCAAUCUUGCUCUCCCAACGUCGUUCCUGGUGGUCAUUGUCAAGUCUUUGAUAGACAGAUAUCAAAACUUGGUUCCUUUAAUUUUAAACCUAACAAUAAGAAAUCAGGUCAAAUGCCCCUUCCACCAGAAGAGUUAAGGUGUCCAAUCUCACUGCAACUUAUGAGCGAUCCUGUUAUAAUUGCUUCUGGGCAGACAUAUGAAAGAGCUUGUAUAGAAAAAUGGUUCAAUGAUGGCCACAACACCUGCCCAAAAACUCAACAGAAACUUGCACAUCUUUCUUUGACUCCUAAUUACUGUGUCAAGGGUCUUGUGGCUAGUUGGUGUGAACAGAAUAGAAUCCCUAUUCCCGAAGGCCCUCCCGAAUCUCUUGAUUUUAACUACUGGAGAUUGGCAUUAUCAGAUUCCGAAUCCAUUAAUUCAAGAUCUGUAAACAGUGUCAACUCUUGCAAAUUGAAGGGUGUCAAAGUUGUUCCACUUGAAGAGAACAGUAUCUUAGAGAAAACUGAGGGAAAUGUAACUGAAAGUUUCUCUGCACAGGAAGAGGAAGACAGUGAGAAGUAUCUUAGUUUACUGAAAGUAUUGACCGAAGGGAACAAUUGGAAAAGGAAGUGUAAAGUGGUAGAGCAGUUAAGACUGUUGCUGCGGGAUGAUGAGGAAGCCAGGAUUUUUAUGGGGGCUAAUGGAUUUGUUGAAGCACUUUUUCAGUUUCUUCAAUCAGCUGUGCAUGAAGGGAAUGCGAUGGCUCUGGAAAAUGGAGCUAUGGCUUUGUUCAACCUGGCUGUGAAUAACAACAGAAAUAAGGAACUUAUGAUAUCAGCGGGAAUCUUAUCGUUGUUGGAGGAAAUGAUUUCAUGCACCAGUUCGUACAGUUGUGCAACCGCCCUGUAUCUUAAUCUUUCUUGCCUUGAAGAAGCCAAGCAUAUGAUUGGCGUGAGUCAGGCCGUGCAGUUCCUAAUACAGAUGCUUGGAACUAAGAUAGAAGUCCAGUGCAAGCUAGAUGCCCUCCAUGCACUGUAUAAUAUUUCUACCGUACCCUCAAAUAUUUCGAACCUCCUUUCAUCUGGCAUCAUCAAUGGCCUACAAUCCCUUCUUGUAGGCCAGGCCGAGUGCUCAUGGACUGAAAAAUGCAUAGCUGUUUUGGUUAAUUUGGCAGUUUCUCACGAAGGAAGAGAGGAAAUGAUGUUGAAUCCUGAACUGAUAAGCACAUUGGCUUCUAUACUCGAUACUGGUGAAUCCAUAGAGCAGGAACAGGCUGUGUCUUGCCUCCUAAUAUUAUGCAACAGAAGUGAGAAAUGUUGUGAGAUGGUCCUGCAAGAAGGCGCUAUACCUGCAUUGGUGUCGAUAACGGUAAAUGGUACCUCAAGAGGAAGAGAGAAAGCCCAGAAACUCUUGAUGCUCUUUCGAGAGCAGCGACAGCGAGACCAUUCACCUGCUAAUACUCAAGACUGUUCACCUGAAGCUGGUGAUUUGUCCAUGCCUCCUCGAGAAACAAAACCUCUAAGUAAAUCAAUAUCUAGAAGAAAAGUGGGGAAAGCUCUUAGUUUUCUAUGGAAAAGCAAAAGCUAUUCCGUUUACCAGUGUUAGUUUUAGAAUGUAAAUCUUCUGGGGAUCUUGCUUUUUAUCACCCCUCUCACUCAUGUUCUCAUGUAAAUGGCUGCUUAUUUUUUAGACUUGAAAUGGAUGAAGAGUUGUACAGGCAUGUGUAAUUUAUUGAAUUUUUUUUUGGGUUAGAUUUACUUUAUGAAGGUUAAUUAUGUCUCAUGGUGAAGGGAGAUUCCUAAUUCUUGCUUAGCUAGUAAAGAAAGAACAAAACACCAUAACUUUCUACUUAAUUUUUUGUAUUCUCAUUUUCUA